AUGUCGCAUGACAUACACGAUGAUGAUGAUGAUGAUGAUGAUGAUGAUGAUGAUGAUGAUGAUGAUGAUGAUGAUGAUGAUGAUGAUGAUGACGAUCGCCGCGUCGUUGGCCUGGGCGCGCAGGUGGUCGGCGAUGCUUUCCGUCUCGGUGCAACAGGCCGUGGCGAGCACGCCCUGGGUCUCCGUGGCCGGCACUACCCCGGGAAAACCUCGUGGAACGCCGUCCUGACACCGUCCCCGGUUCUCUCCGUCGCAUCCCGGUCGCCGCCGCCACUCUCUCCUCCGGCAGUGCCGCGCCGCGAGCACCGGAGGGUCCCACAGGGCAUCCUGGGGAUCCCACAGACGGCUGGAAACAGACGUCUGGAGAUCGCGCGCCGCGGCGCGCGUCACCAACUGCACUUCGGGUGCUUGGCCCAAUUCCGCGUGCAAGCCUCGCGCCCGGCCGACAUAUUGUGUCCCUUGUGCCGCCACAGUCGCUGCCCCGCGUGCGAGCCGGGUGGAUGGACGGCCGAGCACGAUGCGGCGUUGCGCGACGAGCGCGCGCGCCAAGGUGUGCAGAUGCCAGCCCGGAUUUCUGGCGAAGAGACGGUGCGGGAGGCCGUGAAAAGACUAUGCACGUCGCACCUUCACCUCCAACGACGCGGCCGAACCACCACCGCCUCCGGGCGUCGUUGUUUUGUGUUGCAACCGGGUCGCGGCCACACGAGGUGCGGGGGGGAUCGACUUUGUCGCUAUGCCGCACCGCGACAUGCAGUGGGUGCCUCAGCCGACACGGCACGACGCCGGCAUUGCGGCUUGGCGACCCCCCUGGGUGUACUCGGGAUGUCCAGCUGGAUGACAUCCAUGUCCCCUCAAGCCUCGGCUGAAGCUGGGGCGCAUUCGCUAAGGCAAACUGAUAAGGGCGCGUGGCUCUGUCAAAAGUGGACGCCCAACUCUUCGCAGAUGCCGGAAAGGCGUGCGGAGGUUGCGGCAGCCGGCUUUGGUGGGAGUACGACCGGGCCACCGAGCGCGGGCACCUUCGCUGCUCCCACGGCUGCAAUGUCCUCGCCGACUCCUUGGUCGCGGCCCCCCCCGUGCCAGCCGUCUGCUGUAGAUUGCGUAGCUGAUCCUGAGAUCGGAGACACAGCAGCUUUGGCACGUGCCGUGGAUGCCGCGCCAGCACACGAGCACCACCUGCCGGAUCUCACGCAUCCAGGACGUGGGCUUGCCCAGCAGUGCGUGUCCACGUCGGAUGGGCAGUCCGCCAGCUCCGGGAGCCGGAUGGGUACUUGUUUGCGCCCGUGCACGAGGCCCUGCUCGAAUGCUACGGAGGCGUGCAUUUGGCGUCGGCACUGGAACCGGCACUCCGAUCGUUUCCGCCCAGCAGCUGCUCGCUGGGCGCCCGACCGGAACGCCGUGCUGCGGCCGCGGACGCCAGGUUCCCCGCCGCUGGGUUUUGGAGCCGCUUAG